AUCAUGAAAAUUUACACGUUGGUGUUAACUGUAUUUAUGGUGAAUGCAACAGCAAUUGAAAAUUCACCAGCUGACGUUAUGGCAAGGAAUAUAUUAGAAUGGAUUCAAGGGAUUUAUCGACAAGGCGUACGUAAAACACGUCAGCAGUCGGACAAUGCCUAUCUGCCACCAUACAGCACCCAAAGACCACCAGAAAAACCUCGACCAUUUCAACCAGCUUCGACACAACAACCUCCAUCUUAUUCAAAUCCAAGUCAAAAUGAAGUAUCUGGCGGUUAUCCAGACUUUGGUAGUCAAUCGUCCUCGGAACAAGGUUAUUCCUCUAAUCGACCGUCAUCGACCAUAGGAUUCACUACUGCUCGAUCUAACAAUGCUAAAAAUAAUUACAAUACUGGAUCAGCCUCUAUUGGAUCAUCUUCUCCAUAUGGAGGUUAUCCAAGCUCAUCAACGACAUACUUACCACCUAGCCAGACUUCAAUUGGAUCGGGAUAUCCUUACCCUUCUCCUGGCAGCCGGCCAUCACCGGAUUUCCCCACACCAGGUCCAAGACCUACCUUAAUGCCGGGUUCAAGGCCGGGAUCUAGACCUGGAUCAAGACCAGGACCAAGACCUGGACCAACAACUGUACCAAAACCGGCACUAAGACCUGGAUCACAAGUUGAUUCAAGACCUAAACCAGAAUCAGGAGCUGGAUCGGGAUCGGUAUCAAAGCCAGCAUUGGAACCAGAAUCAGGACCUGAUGCAGUACCUGAAUCUGAUGUAGAGACUGAAUCUGAUGCAGCACCUUUACCUACACCUGGAGAUGAUGACGAUUUGAAACAUCCACCUCAUAUUCAUAGUUUAGACGUACAAUGCAGUAAAACAAUGAUGACUAUUAAUAUAGAAUUCAAUAGAAUUUUCGAUGGUGUGAUUUAUUCAAAGGGAUUUUUCAUGAUGCCACAAUGUCGAUACGUUGAACAAAAUUCUGGAGAAAAUAAAUAUUCUUUCACUCUUAAUCUUGAUUCUUGUGGAACUCAAUUUAUUAAUGAUUUUGAAGGCGAAGCUGGACAGGCAUAUUUGGAGAAUGUUUUAGUUUUACAAAACGAACCUGGUAUCCAAGAAGUCUGGGAUACUGUACGGACGGUACGCUGCUUAUGGGAAGGAAACAUUAAUAAAGCCCUAAAGGUGAGUCUAUCAGUAGAUAUGCUGAAUCAAGAGCUUGUGACAUUUAGUGGUGAUACUGCAACAGCUAAACUUGACAUUCAAGUUGGCAAAGGUCCAUUUGCACCAGCGGCUAAUGGUCUCGUAAAAAUUGGCGAUACAAUGACUCUUGUUGUUUCUGUUGAAGGAGAUCCUGCCUUUGAUUUACAAGUUCGUGACUGUGUUGCAAGAGAUGAAUCAUCGACCAAUGUAUAUCAAUUAACUGAUGAUCGAGGAUGUAUUCUUAAACCAAAACUAUUUGGCGCCUUCCAAAAAACAAAUGAAACUGGAAAUUCGGGAGCAUCUAUUAUAGCAUAUGCAUUUUUCCAAGCUUUUAAAUUCCCAGAUGUUAUGGAUUUGUUUAUCGAAUGCAACGUCGAACUUUGCAAAACGAAUUGCGAGCCUUGCCUUGAAAGUAAUCAGCAAAUUGAACCAGGACGUCGUCGUCGCUCCAUAAUUUACCGAAAUUCCACAAAUUGGACAAAUGAACAUCAGGGUGAAGCAGUACGUAUUGCUCGAGGUUUCCGUGUCGUUAUGCCAGAAGAUUUGCCGGAUAGUUCUAUCCUGACCCCCUACGAUGAAAUUUCUACUGAUAUUCAGGAAACUGGAUUAGCAGAGAUGCAGCAACAACAGAUAACAUCAAAACCAACGAAUUUGGCUGUUUGUUUGAGUUACAUUGGCUUUUACACAACAUUCACUACACUUCUCAUUGCUCUUGUUCUCAGUAGUUUAAGUGCUGCACUAAUGUACCUCAAAUUGCAGCGAAUUCAUCAUAAAAAAGUUCAACAUUCAUUCAACUGUUCGUGAAUCAAUGCAAUGAGAUAAACAAAAGAUGAAUAUCGUAAACUUAUGAAUUUCAGAAUACCAGAAUGCCAAGAUUCAAAAGCCCCUGAAACUAUUGAUUUUGUAACAGCAGUGUUUUUUA